AUGAGCACUACAAUGUCGUCGGCUCGCAACUCGGUCGUCUCCCUGUCUUCCAACGGCUCCGUCAAGGUUGAGACUCGUCUCGUCGGCAACGAACGCCAUUCUAGUAUUCAACAGGAAGGCGCGAUGCUCCCUUCCUCCAGCUCAAAAGACGAUGACCUUUUGUCAACGUCUUCGGAUGAAGUGGAGAACAUGGCAACCCGCACUUUGCAGCAACUGGAAGAGGUGCGCAUUAGUACUGUGUUUCCGCCUUUAAAACAAUUUCCGGUGUAGAGCACUUCAAUAAUCUCGGCUAACAGCGAAGACGAUUCGGUGAAAAAAGCGAAAUCGGAGAAGGAUGUGGAGAAAGGAAGGAAAGAAAGAGGCAAAGAGGAAGAAGGUUAA